AUGGAAAGAUCUUAAUCCUAACCAUUCUUCAUGGAAUAUUAGAAGAAUGAAGGAGAUCUAAACAGAAGAAAUUUUCAUUUGCCAAAACUUAGAAUAAUCAAAAAAGCAGAGCCGCUCAAGAUAAGUAUCGAAAAACCAAAGAUAAAUCAAUCAUUUUCUGUAAAUAGGCUUAGCCUUAACAAUAGUUUUGCUUAAUCACCCCUCGAUAACCAAAACAUUAAUUAAAGUGUUGUGCUUUCUUAGAAAUAAUCAGCGGCUGAAAAAGCAGCUGAAGCUCAAUCAAAGAGGUCUUUAAUAAGAAUUAAUGAUUAGUUGAAUAGACUGAGGUAGAUAAGAUAGAUGAAAGAUCGCUAAGAUAGCCAUAUAAACAAACUUAAAACUUAUCUGAAAGACUAAACACAGCAUUUGAAGAAUACUAUUCAUGGUGGCCCAACUUCUAAUUAGAAUCCAAAACCAAUUCUAAUAUUGGAAUUAAAAAAUGACUAUAUGUUCAAGUAAAGAGAACUCCAAAGAGUCAAAGAUAAAUACUACUAACAAAGAAAGUAUAUGAGAGGAGUAAGCAAUAGCAUUCAGUUGAAUAGUGAGUCGAUGUUUUUAUCAAAAUCUGGUCAGCAUUAAAGAAGUUAAAGUUUAAUAUUUGAUCAAUAGCUUAAAGAACUUAAAAAAGAAAAGAAGGAUCUGGAACUAAACUGCAAAUAAAAUGAAUUAAAAACUAAUUAAUUAUAACUGAAUUGCUAAUCACUUACAAGGUAGACUCACAGCCUAGCAAACUUAAUUAAAAACAGAGAUAAAAUAAAGGGAAGUUCUGAAUAAUAUGAAAAAUAGUUUUAAGAAUUGAACGUACUAAAACAAUAGGAGGUAUAGGUUAAAAGUUAAUACUGA